GCUGAAAGGAUCACAUAACUGCUGCUGCAGCAAAGAGAUUCUCCUUCUGCAAGGCGUUUGCUAGACUCCUGAAAAAUUAUUUUUAAUAACAUGGCAGAGAAGGAUUUCAUCAGUUGGCAUCUACUGGCUUUAUUUUUUCUUCCAUUUUGCCUGUGUCAAGAUGAAUACAUGGAGGUGAGCAGAAGAUCUUAUAAACCAGUGGCCAAAGUCUUGCAAAGUCACCACCAGACUGGCCAUAAAGGUUCCAGAAGCAGGGAAAUAUUGAAACAGCGGAGUCAACUUAUAGAGUGGACUGUUGAUAAUAACACUUCUACAGACCAAAAAGUCCUGAGACCAGAGGUAGAUGAUGUAGAACUGACUACCUCAGAUAGAGUCCAGCCCCCACAAACUGGACCACAGAAUCCAGACUGUAGCUCCUGCUGCCGUGGUGACUUUGGAGUUCGACUCUACCAAGGGCCCCCAGGACCUCCCGGCCCCCCUGGGAUGCCAGGAAAUCAUGGAAAUAAUGGAAACAAUGGAGCAACUGGACAGGAAGGAGCCAAAGGUGAGAAAGGAGACAAAGGAGAUACAGGACCGAGGGGAGAGCGUGGCCAUCAUGGACCCAAAGGCGAGAAGGGUUACCCUGGGAUUCCUCCAGAACUACAGGUUGCAUUCAUGGCUUCCAUGGCUACUCACUUCAGCAACCAGAACAGUGGGAUCAUCUUCAGUAGUGUUGAAACCAACGUUGGGAAUUUUUUUGAUGUCAUGACUGGGAGAUUUGGUGCUCCAGUGAAUGGGGUGUAUUUCUUCACCUUCAACAUGAUGAAACAUGAAGAUGUGGAGGAAGUGUACGUGUAUCUGAUGCAUAAUGGUAAUACAGUGUUCAGCUUAUACAGCUAUGAAUCAAAAGGGAAAGCAGACACUUCAGGAAACAGUGCAGUGCUAAAACUUGCCAAGGGAGAUGAAGUUUGGCUACGAAUGGGAAAUGGAGCCCUCCACGGGGACCAUCAACGCUUCUCUACCUUUGCUGGGUUUCUUCUUUUUGAAACCAAGUAAAAAAAGAAACAAUUCAAUAGAUGUUUAUCUGAGGAAACUUCUUUUUUGGAACUGCUAUUUUUCUCUGGACUGUGGAAUAGCAUUACAACAUUGAAAGAUCAACAAAGCUUGUCUUGAUGCAAUGUGUUGCUAUUUGUGUAUCAGAGAUGAGCUACAUUGGGUAGAUGACACACAGAUUCCAGAAGAUGUAUUGUCAUCUGGGUUGUAUCUAAUGAAUCGUUAAAUGUUGCUAUUGCUCUCUUCUCCAAAGUGACUGAAGAACAAAGGAAAAAGAUUUUAAAUAAUUUAGAGAGCAGUUCAUUCAUGUUUUGCUGUUCAUUUAUUCAGUUCUUAUUACAUGUUCUUUUAAGUUUGCAUCAUGGAAACAGGCCUGAAUGAAUUAUAAGUAAGCUCAGCUGAGACCAGAUUUAAAGGAAGACAUUUUUACUGGACUAGAAUGGACUUUACAAAUAGAAGAAAAAAUGUGAAAAUACAGAUGUCAAGGAUUCACGUUUAUUGUAUUCCCAUCUCAAACGUCUGAAGAUGUAUCUGGUGUCAUAUUUCACAGAUUUUUAGUACAUAUUUAUGCUUUCUCUCUCUCUCUUAGAGUGGUAGUAAUUCUUGCUUUAAUAGCAGCCUGGAGCUAAGGUAAUUUAGCUUCCAGUGUGCAGGGGAUAAGACAGUGGAACUGUAAUGUUUCUUCCUAGCCUUUAAAUUGUUAAAACCUGAUGUAACUGAAUGCAAGGUGUCAAAGCAGAGGAAUACAUGCUGGAGAAGUUGGGGUAUGCCAACAGCACAAACAAACACACGCUAUGUUGAGUUUGGAGCUCUUUUAGAAGGAGGUACCUUUUAAUAUUGCAUAUUUACUUAACAGUGAAGUGUUGAUACAGUUUUCCUACCAGCCUUCCGAGAACCAGUAUUUCAGGGAAAGACAUUGCAGCCUGGCAAAGCAGCAGCUAACCCUGUUCAGUAUUUAACUGGUGAAAGCAAAUGCUGGCUGGCUCUGAAGUUCUGGUCACAGUAAACUGGGCCAUUCUUCAGCCUUAAUAUUUGCUACCAGAUUUUCAAAAUUUGCGUGCCUGAAAUCCUGGCUUGCUGUUUUCUUUUGAUCAGAAUCAGCACAAAAUAUACUAAGACAAUAACAAAUUUUGAAUGUAUCUUCUGCGUAUUCUGGCUCUCCACACACAAGCUAAUGAAAUAUAAAUUACAUUUUAACACACAUUACAUUUUAACCAGACAUUACCUGCCAUUGAAGAAUAACAAGCAGGUGGGGCAAGGGCAACAUUUAUUUGAAAUUCUUUUAUACUGGAUGCAGAUACCAGUGGCACAACAACAGAGCAAACGAAUCAAAAUGUGUCCUAUGAACUUGUAUGUCCUUGUACAUGUUCCCAGUGUAUAUAAACCAUGUCUUACGACGAAAAAUGCAUGUUGAUACCUGAUGAUUAUAACUUGUGAUUUUUUAGUUUUAUGCAUCAACCACUGAAAAUAUUAGCUUUAAUGAAGUAAUCCGAUGAGUUUUAUAGUUUCUUUAUGACAUUGUGUCAGGUUUGCACCACAUAGGUUUCCAAAACCUGAGACCAUGUUAUUUUAGUAAGCAUUAUAGUAAAAUUCUGGCAUGUCUUCAAACAAGAUCCACACACCAGGUAAUCAGAUAAUGUUAUUCUUUUGGAAUAAGUGCAUAAGUUGUAUGAGAUAUAUGGCAUCAUAAGCUAAUGUUCACAGUAGGAAAAAUCUUGGAAAAAGUAUUUCUUGUUGUGUUAGGAAUGUCUGCUUAUUUUGUAACACAUACAUUUACCCAAUAAAGUUUAAUAGUCAUAAAACUAUACUGGUUUGUUCAUACCUGUAUUUACCAAGGACCUCACCAUUUGGAUACUAGGGAGAUAUAUUCUUAAUAUGUAUUUCCUAAGCAUCAAUUUUGCUACUGAACAGGAGAAAGCCAUCACUAAGGGUCAAAAUCAAUUUAUUUUACAUGUAUAUAUAUAUAUAUACACACACAUAAAAUUUAAAUCCCUACAGUUUCUUCUGGGGGAUUAGUUUUCCUUUAUGGGAGGGACAUUUUAAUCCAUUUUGGUCAGAAUAAAGCACUUAGAAACUAUGAUACAUACACUCAUUUUAAGCUCCUUUACAUUACCUCUUGUAAUGGCCAUGACAAAAAAGAAAGCCAAGUUUUGCCAUUCUCAUUUUAUGUUGUUUUCACAAGUUUUGUGCAAGUUGGCCUGCUAAGAGUGGAAAGCAACUAAGAAUGACUGCAAAAGCUUCUGACAAACAAACAGCAGCAUGGUGUCAGUUCCAAGAUUAAAG